AUGGGUGUAAGCGGAAGGGAAGGCGCAAGACUUGUCACUACUCUUCUCCGUAUCAUUUUCGUGAACUCAAAGAAUAAGAAUAGCAUCUCGCCACUCUUCGUUGGUUCACGGGAAUCCUCUGUGUCGGGUUCAUUCUCAGUUCCUGGGUUGAAGCUCAGUCUUUCCUUUGAUGAAAGGGAUUGGUUUGUGACAUGGGUUGACUCUGAUAGGAGGAAUUGCUUUGAGAUUGGGAGUAGACCUGGAUCGAAGUUGGAUGGCCAUUCACUAAAGAAAAUGCCAUUCAUCGGUUUUCACACGGGUAGGAAGAAUGUUCUCCACCCGAUUGCUCCUGGGACAACAGCUUGUGAGGGAAAGACGGCGAUAGCGGAUUCAGCAUGGGAAGGUGCUUUCCCUGGUCUUUGCUACCGGGCAGAUGACUACGCUCGUUGCUUAUUUUUCUGCCGCAGCUCGAAAAAACUGCUAAAACUUAAUGCGCGCUCCGGGCUUGGAAGACUCUUCGCUAACGAGGCAGCUAUUACAGAGGAAGAAUAA